UCUAGUGGACGGAACGCUUCUUCAACAACUGCAGCCACCUCGGUAGCUCGCUAGCCAACAAAGUCGGAACAUUCAAGUUCUUUAGACAAUUUCCUGGUUUAUUUGCCACUAUGAUUUAAACAUACUUAUGUGGAAACAACUAGCUACCCCAUUUAAUUUCAUAUUGACGUUGUUGUCAGUCAGCUGGCUAGUUUAGCUAACAUCCCCGACCAUGAGUUUACUAAGCUACUCUCUUCCUGCUAAAGAAGACGUUUGGUGGACGGAGAAAGGACCUCCCGUGAAAGAUGAGAAGGAAGAGGAGGCUGUUACCGUUAAAAAAGAAGUUAAGGGCAAGGCUGUUACGGUGAAAGAUGAGGAAGACGCGUUCAAAUUGAAAGAGGAGGCUGUUUCAGUGAAAGAAAGGGAAGACACGUUCAGAGUGAAAUAUGUGGCUGUUACAGUGAAAGAAGAAGAAUCUUUCAGAGUGAAAGAGGAGGCAGACACGUUCAGAGUGAAAGAGGAGGCUGUUAGAGUGAAAGAAGAGGAGAAAGAGGACGAGGUUACUGUCACAGUGAAAGAAGAGGAAGACGUUUUUGGCGUGAAGGGGAUAACUGUCACAUUGGAGGAGGAUGAAGGAGAACACAAGACUGGAGAUCUGAAUAACACCAGUAAAUACAGAGAGAGACCAGACUCUCACUCUGACAGACGGAAGAAGAGUCCUUCAGGGGAAUCAGACCCAGAGACGCCCAAACCAGCGAGACAACACCACUGCUCCCAGUGUAAUACGAGUUUUAAAUGGUUAUGGAAGCUUAAAGAGCAUGAGAGAACACACACAGGAGAAAAGCCCUUCCAAUGCUCCCAGUGUGGGAAAAGUUAUACCCAGUUAGUGAGCCUGAAAAGGCAUAAAGGAAUACACUCAGGAGAGAAGCCUUACCACUGCUCUCAGUGUGGAAAGAGUUUUACCCAGUUAGGGAACCUGAACAAACAUAAGAGAAUACACUCUGGAGAGAAGCCUUACCCAUGUUCCCAUUGUGGAAAGAACAUUAGGUUGUCAGAUAAUCGGAAGGAGCAUGAGAGGACACACACAGGAGAGAUACCUUACCAUUGCUCCAUCUGUAGAAAGGGUUUUACCAAGUUAAGGAACCUAAAGGAGCAUGAGAGGAAACACACAGGAGAAAAGCCUUACCAAUGCUCCCAGUGUGGAAAGAGUUUUUCGAAUUUAGGGAACCUGAACAAACAUAAGAGAAUACACUCUGGAGAGAAGCCUUACCACUGUUCCCAGUGUGGAAAGAGUUUUACCCAGUUAGGGAGCCUGAAAAGGCAUGAGAAAACACACAGGGGAAGAUAAGAUAAGCUCACAGUUUGGAAAGAGAUUUAGUUAGGGAACCUAAUUGUGGAAAGACAUUUUCUCAGACAGAGGACCUGAAUUCACAUGACAGAAUAGACAGGCUGUGUUCUCAAAUCAAAUCAAAUGUUAUUUGUCACAUACACAUGGUUAGCAGAUGUUAAUGCGAGUGUAGCAAAAUGCUUGUGCUUCUAGUUCUGACAAUGCAGUAAUAACCAACGAGUAAUCUAACCUAACAAUUCUACAACUACUACCUUAUACACACAAGUGUAAAGGGAUAAAGAAUAUGUACAUAAAGAUAUAUGAAUAAGUGGUGGUACAGAACGGCAUAGGCAAGAUGCAGUAGAUGGUAUCGAGACUGCAUUCUGACUGAUGUGUGAUUGUUGUUUUAUGCUACAUUAAAUCAUGUUGUUUAUAUGAGAUCUUACUGAAAAAUAGGCCCAUUUGUAUUUAUUUUUUCUCUUGAGACAUGAACAUGUCUAAAAAUCGGAUUACAUUUAAAACAUUUCUCUUUUUUUUUUAAAUUUUAUUAUGGAUUUGGACUGAUUGAAUUCAUCUAUAAACCCUUAGAUGUUCAUUAUAUGAUUUAGAUAUUUUACAAUAUAAAUUAUUAAAUGGAUGAAUAAUGGGUCCCUAAGCAACCAUUUUAAAUGUAAACAGGUUCUCCAGCACAAAAUGGGUAUCAGCCAAUUAAAAUAGUUGAUUUACUUGCAGUUGACAGAACACUAAAUUGUACAUGUUGUAACAACCUCAUAUUUUUUUCCCCCCUCGAAGCACAUGGAUGUGUGUCAACCAGAAACAACAACAUAGGAUUUAGUCAUACUGUAUAUACGUGACAAUGUUGUCUAAUGUUAGUAGUAGCUAGUAGUCUAGUCAAGGAAGCAUAAAUGCAAUAUUGGUACACAACAUUUUGGUACGGACCAAUGAAUUUGUAGGUUUAAAAUAUCCCUCUAGUAGCCAAAGUUGACCUAUUUUAAGAAAUGCCAUUGGUUGGUGGACGUAAAGUCCAAAGUCUUUGAUAGGCUGAUGAAGAAUUCGUUCUGGUGAGCAUAGGAUUAUCGUGCGCCAUGUUAUCCAAUGGUACCAGCUACAAUUUAGCGUUCUGUCAACUGCAAGUAAAUAAACUAAAAUAAAUUGUGCCAGCGAACCUGUUUUAAAUUUAAACGGUUGUUUAUGUUCGCAACUAUGGACUCAGUGUAUUUCUGGACUCUAACCUCAUGAAUUUAUAGUCUUUUGGUUUCAUUUAAUUAAUUUGUGUACUAAGACUCUAGUCAGUCUGUAUAGCUGAAGCAUUAUAGAUCCCGCUAUAGAAAUGUAAAGGUCAUUUUGGAUUGAGCCGACAUAAACAGGGUUUACCUUGAUUGCGGUCUCCACGAAAGCGGUAACAUUGCCUUUAAAUUUCAUUAACGCUGUAAAGCUGAACUUCCGCGAUGCGGAUUCUAAUAGAACCCUUUGUCUUCAAGCUGAAGGUUAAUGUGAUGAUGUUGUUCUGAUAACGUUGAUACGUUGUUGAAAUGAACAACAUUCACUACCUGAUGAAUGUUCCCAUCAGUAUUAUUCCCCGUAUCACAGAACAACAUUCACUACCUGAUGAAUGUUCCCAUCAGUAUUAUUCCCCGUAUCACAGAACAACAUUCACUACCUGAUGAAUGUUCCCAUCAGUAUUAUUCCCCGUAUCACAGAACAACAUUCACUAUCUGAUGAAUGUUCCCAUCAGUAUUAUUCCCCGUAUCACAGAACAACAUUCACUACCUGAUGAAUGUUCCCAUCAGUAUUAUUCCCCGUAUCACAGAACAACAUUCACUACCUGAUGAAUGUUCCCAUCAGUAUUAUUCCCUCAGAGUGAAAGAGGAGGACGAGGUUACUGUCACAGUGAAAGAAGAGGAAGACGUUUUUGCUGUCAAUAUACAGGGGAUAUAGUGGCAGUGUCUGGCCAUCCAGAAUCACAGCAGCACUGACUUCUGCCCCGUGGAUGUUCAAUAUACAGGGGAUAUAGUGGUAGUGUCUGGCCUCAGAAUCACAACAGGGGAUAUAGUGGUAGUGUCUGGCCUCAGAAUCACAACAGGGGAUAUAGUGGUAGUGUCUGGCCUCAGAAUCACAACAGGGGAUAUAGUGGUAGUGUCUGGCCAUCCAGAAUCACAACAGGGGAUAUAGUGGUAGUGUCUGGCCUUCCAGAAUCACAACAGGGGAUAUAGUGGUAGUGUCUGGCCUCAGAAUCACAACAGGGGAUAUAGUGGUAGUGUCUGGCCUUCCAGAAUCACAACAGGGGAUAUAGUGGUAGUGCCUGGCCUUCCAGAAUCACAACAGGGGAUAUAGUGGUAGUGUCUGGCCUCAGAAUCACAACAGGGGAUAUAGUGGUAGUGUCUGGCCUUCCAGAAUCACAACAGGGGAUAUAGUGGUAGUGUCUGAACUUCCAGAAUCACAACAGGGGAUAUAGUGGUAGUGUCUGAACUUCCAGAAUCAAAACAGGGGAUAUAGUGGUAGUGUCUGGCCUUCCAGAAUCACAACAGGGGAUAUAGUGGUAGCGUCUGGCCAUCCAGAAUCGCAACAGGGGAUAUAGUGGUAGUGUCUAGCCUCAGAAUCACAUUAGGGGAUAUAGUGGUGGUGUCUGGCCUUCCAGAAUCACAACAGGGGAUAUAGUGGUAGUGUCUGGCCAUCCAGAAUCACAGCAGGGGAUAUAGUGGUAGUGUCUGGCCAUCCAGAAUCACAACAGGGGAUAUAGUGGUAGUGUCUGGCCUUCCAGAAUCACAACAGGGGAUAUAGUGGUAGUGUCUGGCCAUCCAGAAUCACAGCAGGGGAUAUAGUGGUAGUGUCUGGCCAUCCAGAAUCACAACAGGGGAUAUAGUGGUAGUGUCUGGCCUUCCAGAAUCACAACAGGGGAUAUAGUGGUAGUGUCUGGCCAUCCAGAAUCACAGCAGGGGAUAUAGUGGUAGUGUCUGGCCAUCCAGAAUCACAACAGGGGAUAUAGUGGUAGUGUCUGGCCUUCCAGAAUCACAACAGGGGAUAUAGUGGUAGUGUCUGGCCUUCCAGAAUCACAACAGGGGAUAUAGUGGUAGUGUCUGGCCAUCCAGAAUCAUAACAGCACACUGACUUCUGCUCCGUGGACGCACAUCGUUUUCCUCAUGUCAGUUAACCUGUCUAUGUCUAACUAACCUUAAAUUAAGACCAAGAAGCGCAAAAUUAAUUUUUUUUAAAGAAGAAGCGUCUCGUCCAGUAGAUUAUGUCACGCUAGAAGCAUCACCUGAAAGACGCACAUCGCCAUCUGCUGACUGGAGUGGGUACAGGAAUUGUUUAAUUUAUUUUUCAUUUCUUUCAAAUGUGUAAUAUUAUAUUGAGACAUAGAAAGAUAUGAUUUUGUUGAUCGAUUAGUGAGAAUUUAAAAUAAACUUCACAUCUACUACACAACUGUAUUCAAUGCAAAUUCUGAUUCAUUCAGUCAACAGAUAAUAUCAAAAUAAACAACUAGCUCUAUACUGCUUCUACAUAGUGGAAUAACAUUGAUGGGAACAC